AUGACACGUCCUCCAGUGAUGCGAGGGGCAUUUUCAGUAGGCCUUUCUGUAGCAGUAUUGAAAGGUGUCAAAAAGACAGUUCGUAAGCAUUUGGAAAGGCGAGGGUGGCUAGAACCUCAUAAAGUAGACUACGAGUUAGUCUUUACGAUAGACAGGUUGAAAAACCUGGUAGACGAGAAGCAUGAUUCUGUCUUAGCAGUCGGGCAGCACGAUGCCGGUGAAUUAAGCUGGCGGAAAGUGUUCAAUUUCAUCUCAAGACAGUCGAGCGAACUGGAUACUCGAAUAUACAUCUUUAUAUUGCUGCUAUGCCUUGUAGUUCCUGUUGUCUGGACUGUACUGGACGGCGAUCAUGAUAACUCGCUGGACGACAACGACGACUAUGAGGACGCAAGAAGGCUGAAACACUAUGGUGACGGUGAAAGAGCAGUGCUACAAUUCGGUAAAAAUAGGUCUGAACCCAUCAUACUGAGCUAUAAAGAUAUGGACGUUCCAGAAGGGGAACGUGAGUUUACCGCCAAGAGAGACCAUAACAGUAGAAGCUUGACAAGCAAGAGCGAGAACGCAUUGGACGGACUGAACAACGAAGACACGCUUAGUGACCAACCUGAGGAGCAGGUGGAAGUUGACAUAGGAUGCGAUGAGAACGAAUUAGGGGAAGAAACAAAUACUAACGAUAUUGACGACCAGGAAAAGGACUGCUGUUCCAGUCCAGAAGUAGAACCGCACGACGAAUUCAACGAAGACAACCCAACGGAGCCAGAGUUCCUCACGCGGGACACCAAAACGACAUCUUCCCUUAAGUCAAGCACAUCGUUUCCGUUAUCAUUCAAGGGCUCAAUAGACCUCAGAUCCAUCAACCAACCCUCCUCUCUAUUACACAUCCAGGUGUCCCCCACAAAAUCCACCAAUUUGGAUGCCCAAGUAAACACUGAACAGGCAUAUUCUCAACCGUUUAGGUACUAG